UGUAAACUAUGUGUGUCAUUAUUACUCCUUAACAACACUAUCUAUCUCUAUUACUAUGAACACCAUACUUGAAUUGGAUUUCCGAUCCAUUGAUUAGUAGCACUUUUCGAUCGAUUCAACCUUAGAAGAAUCCCUGUUACACAAAUUUGAUAAUCAUACUCAUUUCCUCUAUGAUUUCAAACCGGUAGAUUGUUCUUCUGCUGAUUUUGUUUGCACUGGGUUCCAACAUCACCUGGACAAAUAGAUAAAUUUGGUUGCGGUGAAUUUCUUCAACAUUUGGUUCUCUUAGGCAUUUCAGAAAACAGGUUCUAUGCACAGAGAGGGAUCGAGAAUGAAGGAGGAGGUUUGCUCUUGUUUGCGAGCUCGACUUGUAGAAUUCCUCAUUCAAUCAGCUCAAGACCUUCAAGUUUCUCCGAUCGUCAAAUACUCAGCACUGUCACUUUUCGCCGAUCGAUUCUACCCAGCUCUUACCGGGGAAGAAACUAAGGAUGCUAAGAGCUGGCUCUUACGGCCUCUGAGAGAAAGCAAUUUGCAGCUAUUUGCGCUUGUUGCAAUAUGGACCUCAAGCAAAAUACACGAUUCUCCUUCCCUAAGUGUGAAAUCCUUCAAGUCUCUGGCUGACAUCACCAUUAAAGAGCAGCAUUUUACAACAAAGGAUUUUCUGGAAGCUGAGCUAGUGUUAAUGCAGGUAUUGAAAUUUGAGAUCGGCAUGUUAAGCAUUCCCUUCCGAUUCUUCGAAGAUCUACUUACGAAGUUUAGUGAAGUUGCUAGAGUUGGAAAGCAAUUAAGCUUGGAAGCUUGCAUGGAUAUCAUGGACCUGAUAUAUGAAAAGGGGGAGAUUUCAUCUUUCAAUUGUUCUUCUCAUCAUCUAGCCGCAUCGAUUGUUGUUGCUGCAUAUGCAAUCACAGUUCCAUUGCAAAAGAGUGAAUUCCCCAUUCUUGUAUGGGUUAAGUUUGUCACUUCGUGCAGAGAGGAGGAUAUUGUAGACACUGUCAAAAAUAUUCUAAUGCAUGUGUUUGAAGCUUGAAUUUUAUUGUAUUUCAUGUAACAACAUACCCAACGUA